AUGGCGCAGGAUACCGGCCAAGGAAUCCGAAAGGCCCCUGCGCUCCUAAAGAAGCCGUCGAUCUUCAUGGAAGCGCAGCUAACUAACGAGUUAUUCACCUCCAAAAAAGACCAACUCAGAAUGAUGUUGGAGCAGUGGAUCCGACGGCAUUUUGCUCAGCUGGAAGUCGGACAGCAGCUGGAUCUGCGGACUUUCAAGUGCGCAAGAUUGAUUCAGAGCCUACAAGUUACAGGCCAUUCAACGCCGGCUACAUCUAGAGAUUGUAUUUCCCACCUUCUUGCGCAUAACGACCUGGAAAUUUCCUUAUACGCUCUGCAUUCAGGUCACGGUGAAGAGCGCCCCACGCUUGAUGAAGGAGACGAUGCCUCUCAGCAGUUCAGCGUCACCCGACUCCCCCACGAAUCUUUCCAAGGCCUCUGGGAGGCGCUUGUAUACCAGGAGCCAAUCGGAGAAUACGCCCUUCGUACGAUUUCCCGAGUGAUUUUACUGCGCAAGGAAGUCCACCUGCAGCAAGCGUUUCAAGCAUGGCAGAACAGUCUUCUACUUUUUGGUCCGCCCGGAUCCGGUAAGACGAGCCUUGCUGAAGCACUGGCUCAAAAGCUCUCGAUCAGACUAUCCCACGUCUACGACACAUCGAAUCUACUCCAUAUCAAUUCUCAUGCGCUGCUCAGUCGGUACUUUGGCGAGAGCGGCAAGCAAGUUGGGAAGCUUUUCGAAUCUAUUCUGGAUCGUUCUUCUGAUGAUUCGCAACUGAUCAUCGUCAUCUUCGAUGAAGUGGAGUCUCUGGCGUGUUCUCGUGAGAAUGCGUCCAGCAAGGAUGUCGGCGACGCCGUGCGGUCAGUGAACGAACUUCUGCAAGGCCUCGAUCAAAUGCAGAAGCGAACGAACGUGGUCUUCAUUGCCACAACGAACUUCAUCACUAAUGUGGAUCCUGCUUUCGUGGAUCGAUGUCGCUAUAAGCAAUUUGUCGGAGCCCCAUUAGUUGAAGCGGGGUACGAGAUUCUGCGCUCACAGAUCAAUGAGUACAUCGACAACGGGCUCAUCUCUGCUGGCACUCUCAUAUUUGGCGAAGCCCCUAACCACGGCCGUCAAAGCAGUGAGGCUCUAUGGGGAGCCGAAAUCUUUAGCGAAGGAGCGCCCACCACAAUCCCACAAGUGCCGAUCAGGCCGCUUCCAGGUCAGACAUCAGGGGGCGACCCACCCGAUUCGCAGCACGUGUUACAUAUUCCGCCUAUGACGUGGGCGACUUUCCAUUGGCCCGCUGGAACCGUGACAGCUGCCUCGGAAUUGGAGCGCAUCGCAGGCUUAGGUAGAGGCUUCUCUGCCCGGAACCUACGAGGACUUGUGACUCUGGCGCUCUUCAAGUAUACCGCCAAUCUGCCGUGUGACUUGCGCGAGUAUCUCGAAACUCUUGGAAACGUCGUGCGGGAAGAGACUGGCGACAGAAAAAAGUGCGAUGCUCCGCAAACGCGAACCAAAGUGAGCCAGGACAGGGCAGAUCAACAGGGCGGAGACGAGGAAGAGUCAGAUAUGGACGAUGAGGAGAUCGAGCGGCUCAUGCAAGAGGUCAGAGAAAAUGCUAAGGCUGCUGAAUGAUUAUGAAAAUAUUGGGUUCGACUGCUGCUCUGCCAGCGCUUAUAAUGUCUGGAUCGAUGUAGUGGCAGUUCGAUGCUACGGUACGGCAAAACUAUGUAGGGCAUGUAUUUGAUUUUCCGUCUGCUCCCUGGCUUGCCACUCAACGUCGCUCUUAUCCG